GUGGAGGGCAGGUCGUGGCUGCCUCUUGGCCUGCGGCCUGGUGGAGGCGCCGGAGCCUGGACUGAGUCGGUGCCUCAUGCCGGUGGACACGAAGCGAGUGCGGGGCCCGGAGGAAUCGCAGUCGCCGCUGCUGUUUGUGGCGGGCGAUGCAGCUCCGAGCGCGGUGCCGGGGAAGGCGGGUUCCCGGGGCCGGGCCGACGGGCGGUCAGCCGCGGAGCCGAGGCCGGUGUUUGCUCGGGCCGGCCUGGUGAGCCAGGCGGACGGAUCGGUGUACGCCGAGUGCGGCCUCAGUAAGCUGCUGUGCGCCGUGUACGGGCCCCGGGAGAGCGACAGGAAGGAGGAGCGGCGACUGAGCGGGGCCACCCUGGGCUGCGAGUUCAGAUUUGCUCCAUUCUCCUGCAAGAAGAGAGCUGCCUGGAUUCAGGGCAACUUGGAGAAGGAGUAUUCGUUGAUCAUGGAGCAGAGCUUGCAGCCAGCUAUCUGUCUUCACAAGUACCCCAGGUCCCAGAUUGAAGUGUAUGUGAUGGUUCUGGAGAAUGACGGCUCCACCUUGGCAUCUGCUUUGACUUGUGCUUCCAUUGCACUGGCAGAAGCAGGCAUCGAGAUGUUCGACAUGGUGGUGGGCUGCUCCUUGCGGCAGUGUGGAGAUGUCUCCCUUCUUGAUCCAACAGCAGCUGAGGAGUACAGUGCAGCCAGCUCGCAGGCAGUGAACAACGGCAGCUUGACUGUGGCUCUGCUGCCCACACUCAAUCAAAUCUCUGGGCUGGUCUCCAAAGGAGAGUGGGAAGAGCAGACAUCAGUGGAAGCAAUCAAGGCUUGCAUUGAGGGAUGUCAGAAACUGUACUCUGUAGUCCAGCAGUGUCUAACCAAAUCAGUUAAGAGGAAAAUCCCACAGCUUGUCAGUAAAGAAUAGACAAAUUUUUAUUCAUGGACAUUCCAGUGAAUGCUUUCUUUAAAAAAAAAUGUUUUUUACUGUUGUAUUUGCUACAUUUAUACAAGUUUGUAAAGUGUCCUUUGUUUAAAAUUUAACUUAAAUUGAACGACAGUGUGAGGUUGAGUUCUGCCUAUGGUGAGUUGUCUCAUCUGCAGUGGUGUUGAUGUUGAGCUUCAGUGCAGGACAGGAUCAUCAGUCAGGUUUCCUGGUGCUGAUUGUCGGAAGUGUGGAAUUUGGCCCUCGAUUCCCUUCUGUCUGGCCUUGAGCAGUAUGGAUGGAGUUGUGCUCUGGUAAAACAUGAUCUCCACGUGAAGCAGAGAGAGUAUACGUAAUUCAAUCUAAAGUGACAUAGGAGUGUCCCUGCACUGCUUAUUUGUUCCCUGGCCAUGACAUUUAUUUCUCCACUUCCUCACUGAACAGAUUUCAACUCUGAGGGCCUAUGGAUUACACAGUGCAGUCUGUCUAGGAUAAGUCUAAUCCUUAUGAGUUAUUAAAACAUGCAGUUUAUUUGGUGGAUACAUAUCUCCUGCAACACAAUGAUGGAGGAACUCAGGUGGUCUGACAGCAUCUCUGGAGAGAGAUGCAGAGUUUAGCUUUGAGUUUGGUUUGACCCCCUUCAUACGCCAUAUUCUCCGACUGGUCCCAGAAAGGGCUGUUACUUCUACAGGGACAAGAGACAGAGCCAAGACACUCUUGGGACGGAGAGUUUACAUUGCAGUCUGACAGUCUUGCAUUGAAAUAGAUCCCAACUUGACAAAGUGAAUGGCUACUGGUUGUAAGGCUAUUGUGUUAAAUGAGCUUGGAUAGUCUAAACUCAGUAGUCAGUGGCUAUCAGCCUUCAAAAGAAAACUGCCCAGGCAUUCAGUUCUGCUGGUGGUGCAGUGACAGCUGUGAUGAAUGUACUUCACUCAACUGCAGGAGCACAGUACAAGGCAGAUUACUGGGCACAGCUGAUGGAUUUUCUUUGUCCCUCACCAAAUUUUGUAGUAUUGCUAGACCUAGACACACUUGAUUAUGAGUGUUCUGGGUGGGAGACAUUCAUCCAGUCUAUUCGUUCACGAACUUGUCUGUUUGCUAUUUUUUUAAACAAAUAAAAUCAAAAUUCUUGACCAA